AGAAGUUGUUAGACGGCAAACGAUCCGCGGACGGAGUGUUUCUUUCUGAAGCUUCACUCAGAGACAAAAUGGCUUCCAGACCAGAGGAGGAUCUCUGCUGUCCGGUCUGUCAGGAUGUCUUUAAGGAUCCUGUUGUUCUGUCAUGCAGCCACAGCUUCUGUAAGGAGUGUCUGAAGAAGUCCUGGAGAGCAAGACCUGGACUUUCAUGUCCUGUUUGUAGGAAAAGAUCUGACAGAAAAGAUCCUCCAGUUAGUUUGGCUCUGAAGAGACUCUGUGAAUCAUUCUUAGAGCAGAGAGAGCAAAAAGCUUCAGAGAGGCUCUGCAGUCUGCACUCUGAGAAACUCAAACUCUUCUGUCUGGACCAUCAGCAGCCAGUUUGUCUCAUCUGCAGAGAUUCAGAAAAACACAUCAAGCACAGAUUCAGACCCAUUGAUGAAGCUGCUCAGCAACACAAGAAGAAACUUCAGGAAACUCUGAAACCUUUAAAGAAGAAACUGGAGCAGAAGAAGGAAGUUAAAGAGGAGUUUGAUCAGACAGCAGAACACAUGAAGGUCCAGGCCCGACACACAGAGAGGCAGAUUGUUGAGCAGUUUAAGAAGCUUCAUCAGUUUCUAGCAGAGGAAGAGGAGGCCAGGCUGGCUGCACUGAGGGAGGAAGAGGAGCAGAAGAGAGGGAUGAUGGAGGAGAAGAUGGAGGCUCUGAGCAGAGAGAUAGCAGCUCUUUCAGACACAGUCAGAGCCACAGAGGAGGAGCUGAGAGCUGAAGACGUCUCAUUCCUGCACAACUACAAGGCUGCAGUGGAAAGAGUCCAGCGCUGCCCCCUGCUGGAGGAUCCACAGCUGCCCUCAGGAGCUCUGAUAGACCAGGCCAAACAUCUGGGCAACCUGGCCUUCAACAUCUGGAGCAACAUGAAGGACAUGGUGUCCUGCACUCCUCUGGUUCUGGACCCAAACACGGCUGGGCCAAGACUCCAUCUGUCUGACGAUUUGACCAGAGGGACGUUUGGAGAGAAACAGCAGCUUCCUGAUAAUCCAGAGAGAUUUGGACCAGAGUGGUCUGUCCUCAGCUCUCAGGGCUUUAACUCAGGGAACCACAGCUGGGAUGUUGAUGUUGGAGACAGUCAGUAUUGGUUGCUGGGUGUGUUAGUAGAGUCUGCCCAGAGGAAGGGGAAGAUACAGUCUGGAUUUUGGGUUAUUCAGUUCUAUGCAGGUAUAUAUUCAGCACGGUUUACAGAAGAUUGUCUCUCAGGUCUCCCAGUCCACAAGAAACUCCAGAGGGUCAGAGUGAAUCUGGACUAUGAUGGAGGGAAGCUGUCCUUCUCUGAUCUGGAUACUAACACACACAUACACACCUUCACACACACCUUCACUGACCGGAUGUUUCCUUGUUUCGUCUCUGCCAAGAUCAAAAUCCUAUCCAUGGAGAUCUCAGUGAGAAAACAGCAGCUCUGUCCAAGUUAAACCUUCUUGAUCAGAUUUAAACUCUGUGGUUUUAGACAGGAAACUGGAGUUUCUACUGAACAUCUGGUUGUUUUCAGCUCAGCUUCAGAUCUGCUUCAUAAGCCAGAAACUGAAUAUGACAUGAAGUGGAUGAUGUGAAGCUUGGACUGGCACUGACUCAGCAGGGUCAGUUUAUCAUACCGUCGCUCAGAAAACAUUUCAAAAUGCUUCGCAAGAACUCCAAGGGUAAACAUCUAAAAUACAUUCAUCAAGGUUUGAUGAAACAUACAGUUCAAUAUAUCAGAUGCCUAAGAAUAUAAGCAUCGCAGGUUUUCUGCAGUUUGGUUCAGAUCUGAGGAGCAUAGAAACUAAAAGAUGCCUCACUCUGUUCUGGUUCUUGAACUCUGUAUGGACAGAUCUCUGGAGACCUUCAUGGUUCGUACUUGGCUAGGAACUCAGCCAAGUACGAGUUGGCUGACCCUAACAGUAACCCUGCUCUAUGGACCAACAGCAGAAAUGAGAGUUUCUGUUGUAUCUGAGAAGAUUUUGAGGAAAUUCUGAGCCAUCCUCUCAUUGCUGUGAUGAACAACCUGCCUGUACCGGACUGAGCUGACAUGGAGAAAUACAGAGCAAAUGGUAAUCUGGCACUGGACAAACAUCUGGGCAACCUGGCCUUCAACAUCUGGAGCAACAUGGAGACCCUGGUGAGCUACACUUCUCUGGUUCAGAUCCAAACACGGCAAAUCCAAAGCUCCUGCUGUCUGAAGAUCUGACUGGUGUUAGUGAGGAACAGCAGCUUCCUGAUGAUCCAGAGAGGUUUGAUUACUCGUGUUCUGUUCUGAGCUCUGAGGGUUUUAACUCCCAGCUGGGAUGUUGAUGUUGGAGACAGUUCACAUCGGUCUCUUGGUGUGUUAGCAGAGUCUGUCCAGUGGAAGGGAAAGGUAGAUUCUGGAUAGUUGUUUAUGCAGUUUUGUAAAGGUAAAUACUCAGCAUGGUCUCCACCACCUCCUGUCAUAUUCAUCUCAGUCCAGAGGAUCAGAGUGAAUCUGGACUGAGAUGGAGGAAACUGUCCUUCUCUGAUCUGGACGGACGGACAAACACACACACACACACACACACACACACACACACACACACACACACACACACACACACACACACACACACACACUGACAAAAUGUUUCCUUUCUUCAACACUGAGGAUUCUCUCAAAAUUCUACCGAUGAAGAUCUCAGUGGGCAAACAUCAGCUCUGAUGUCCUCAGCAUGAAGAACUGAAACUGCAAAUGAAACCUUAUUGGUCAGAUUUAAACUGUUUUAAACAGGAAACUGGAGAUGAUCUGAAUGAUCAGCUGGUAGUUUUCUGCAGAGAGGAUCUUCAGGGCUGACCUUCCCUCCAAACAGGACUUCUACAGCGUUAGGUUCAGGAAGAGGGCAGCCAAUAUCUCUGCAGACCCACACAUCCUGGACACAAGCUGUUUACAUUUUCACUGUCAAGGUGGAGCUACAAACAGUUCAUGCCAGACUGCCAACUUAAAAUAUAGUGACUCAUGAAUGUUUGCUUUCAACCAACCAUGAGUUUUUCCUCCGUAGAAAAAGUGUAUAUAAACGUAUUACUCUUAUUUUUUAUGUUUAUGAAAAUGUGCAUUGAUUUGUGUGCACAAUUUUGACCAAUAAAUCUUUAUUUCUGAUCAGUCACCAACAGAUGUGUGGUCUGUGUAAUCUGACCAGUGUGAGUCUAGGAGAGAAACGGCAGCUUCCUGAAACUCCAGAGAGGUUUAAUACUGGACGAGUCUGUCCAGAGGAAGACAUUCAUCAAGUCUGGAUGGUGGGUUAUUCAGGUCUGUAGAGGUAAACAUGUUCCACCUGCUCCUCCGAUCGAUCGAUCAGUCCAGAGUGAAUCUGGACUGAUGGUGGAAAGCUGUCAUUCUGAAUACUAACACACACACACCUUCACUGACGGGAUGUUUCCUCUUCAUCAUGGUGGGUAAAGCAAAGAUUUUACCAAUGGAGAUCUGAGUGAUCAAACUGCAGCUCUGAUGUUCUCAAAGUUUCCUCAGAUAUUUGAAGCUGUGGUGUCCAUACACCCAACGCCAGGACGCCAUUAGUCUGUCACUAUUAUUAUGACACGUUCUAGUGACACGUUGGUCUGCCGGGAAUCAAUCAAUACUAUGGAUAUUUGUAGUUUAUUAUUUUUUCAGCCAUGUCUUCUUCUUUUGUGGUACAUACAAACAUUUCAUGUAAGUUUGUUUGCACCAACUUGGGAUUAAACUUUCCCUGCUGACUCGUUGACAGAUGGGUUUGGGUCGGUUCUGUAAACGGAGCCCA